AUGACAUCGGAGUCAGGGUCCGCAAAACCCCUUGAGAGGACCGGGCGCAUUUUCGACACACAAACACUCGGUACCUGGAAUUCCAUAGUGUCAUACCGACAACCAUAUUAUUAUGCGGGACCUUUGGGAAAAUCGUACGGAAGUCCAAUUAAAUUGCAGGAAACACAGAUGUGGGGACCGCAAAUCCAAUUACUCCCGGCACUUGGCAUAACAGUCACGAGAAGAUCGAUAAACAAGCAGGCAAGAGGACACGGUACCCGCCCCGUCCACUUAUUAACUAAUGGAUCAGGGGCAGAUGUUCAUGGAUGUUUUGAAAUUUUAAAUGUUCAAACACUGCAAUUUUUUGAACUUAUGAUGGCAAGAAUCGUCUGUUAUCAGCAUGGGAAUAUUACAUUUGCGCCUGAUAUUCUUAUUAAUUAA